GCGGGGUCGCGGAGCCGCCGGGAGCGGGCGCGGAGCCCGGCGCCGCCGCCGCCGGAGGGGAAGCGGCCAAGGACGCCCCGCGGGGCCCCGCCGCCGCCGACACCCCCAUGGGAUCAGAGCGGAUGGAGAUGCGCAAGCGGCAGAUGUCUACGACCCAGGAGACCCCAGGCGCUGCACAGGCUCAGCACAGCACGGGCAAUCGAGGGUCCAACGCCUGCUGCUUUUGUUGGUGCUGCUGCUGCAGCUGCUCAUGUCUUACUGUUAGAAAUCAAGAGGAAGAGAGAACAAGGAGAACAUCCCAUGAACUCCAAGCAGAGGGUAUUCCAAACUGUGAGGAAAGCCCUGCUCCUACUCUUGAAGAAGUAAAUGCCUGGGCUCAAUCAUUUGACAAGUUGAUGUUUACGCCAGCCGGCCGAAAUGCUUUUCGUGAAUUUCUACGAACAGAAUUCAGUGAAGAAAACAUGCUUUUCUGGAUGGCCUGUGAGGAACUGAAACAAGAGUCCAACAAAAGUGUUAUUGAAGAAAAAGCAAGACUAAUUUAUGAAGAUUACAUUUCUAUCCUUUCUCCAAAAGAGGUCAGUCUGGACUCCAGAGUAAGGGAAGUUAUUAACCGAAAUAUGCUGGAACCCUCACAACACACCUUCGAUGAUGCACAGCUUCAAAUUUAUACCUUAAUGCACAGAGACUCCUACCCACGGUUUAUGAACUCUGCUAUUUAUAAGGACUUGCUUCGGUCCUUAUCUGAAAAAUCCAUCGAAGCGUAG